UCCUUCGAGCCUCAUUAAGAGCAUCUUGCUUUUCCUUUUCAAGUUGAACUUCAACAUCAUCAAGCAAUUUCUUCACACCCAGUGUUUUGAAAUGGCGGUUAUGGCGGCACCAUAACGGUAUGGCGUGGCGGGUUUUGACCCUGCCGCCAUUCACCGGACGCCGCGAUGGGGUUAUAACGGGGGGCGCCAUGGCGGCCGCAAUUGCGGUGGCGCCAUGGCGGGACGCAAUGCAUAUGGCAGAAAUAGCGGGCUGUUUUGGGUUUUCCAGAAAAAAUUGAGGGUAGUUUGGGUAAUUUAAUAAACCUAGGUCAGAUCCCACUAACCACUAACCCUAAUUUUCAGCCCCUCACUCAUAACUCCCUCCUCUGCCUCUUGUUCAAAAAAAAUUCCCUCUCUUCGUCUCUGUGCUCUCAUCUCUGCGAACCAGAUUUCUUCACCAGCCCUCAUCCAUCACCACCGUCCGUCGCGCCGUUCGUCGCGCCACCCAAUGCGCCGCCCGUCUCUGUUCUCUCAACACUGCUGCUCAUCACCUUUUGACACUGCUGUAUACAAUGUCCACUUCUAGACAAGUCCUUGAUUCUAAUGCUCCUACCCCUGCCUCUGCUGGUCCCACUGUUGGUGCUGCCCCUGUUGGUCCUGCUCCCGCUGCAGCUGUCCGCUCUAAUAGAGUUGACCCAGGCUGGAAAUAUAUUAGUACAGUAGAAGAAGGAAAUACCAAUGACACCGUAUGUACUUUUUGUGGAAAAAUUAUGAAAGGAGGCAUCACACGGGCAAAAGAGCACUUAAUGAUCAAGCCUGGAAACGUUGCUGGAUGUAAAAUGGUUCCAAAAGAUGUUAUUGCUGAAUUAUGGGAGUAUUACCAUAAAAAAAAACGAGGAAGACAAAGUGCCACCCCGGAAAGCACCGAAGAACAGAGUGUCAAUGCUAGGAAACUUGACUUAGAGAGUUUGGGGUUUGGAUUGUCGGAGGAAGAUGCUCAAGAGAUUGAUGAACCUUAUAAUCCAGCUCCAAUGGCAGCAGCUAGAGGGGGUGCAAGUAGUGCUAGAGGGGGUGCAACUAGCAUGAGAGGUCCAAUGGACUUGUUUGUUAGAAAACCUGAAACUGCCAUUGCAAGAAGCAAAAGAGAGAAAUUGAGGCAAUAGAACAUCAAGGAAGCA